AUGGUUUAUUGCGGCAAACCCUCCAAGGGCUGCUCCAACUGCCGCAAGCGCAAAGUCAAGUGCGACCAAGGAGAUCCUCAUUGCGGCCAGUGUCAGAAAAGACAAUUACAAUGUCCCGGCUACCGUAACCUCGUCGACCUCAUGUUUCGCGACGAGAGCGAGCAUGUCAUUGAAAAAGCCACCACAUUUCGAAAAAGAUCCGACGUUCGAAAGCAGUCGCCAAGUCCUGUAUCACCUUGUAGCUCAGACGAAUUCUCAUCGCCCGCUCUAUCAGCAGCACCAUUCAGUUGGAAACAGGCACAGGCCGCAUCCAAAUUUCCGCCAAGCAAAGCCAGGCGGAAAAAGACCUGUGCUACCUCUACUCAAGGCUGGCUCUGCGAACAACAGCAAGAAAUGGUACUGGCAAAGAACUCUCCCAAGAAAAUUAACCCAGACCUAUUCUUGCCGUGUGAGUCGGUAGACUCCUUCCACGAGCGAGGUAUGGCUUUCUUCUUCUCCCGCCAUGUCGCAAGAAACGACGUUGGAUAUCAGAGUUACGACUUCAUUUACGAUGUUUGGAAACCUCCCAGCAACCCCAGUCCCGAGAAUCAAGAUAGCAUCGCUGCUGGCGUCGUUGCCAUUGGUUUGGCCGGCCUCUCCAAAGUCACUCGCAAUACUCGAAUGAUGGACAUGGCCCGACGAAAUUAUGGCGCUGCCCUGAACCUGACUACCACUGCUUUGAGUGACAAGGAUGAAGCCGUCAAGGAUACCACGAUGCUUUCUGUUCUUCUUCUGAGCACAUAUGAAGUUGUCUCCGGAAGCACGCCGCAGACUAUGGAAGCCUGGCAAAAACAUGUUGACGGCGCCGCUGCUCUUGCCACAAUUCGAGGCACUGACCAGUUCAAGACGUCGGCCGGUUGUAAGAUGUUCCAGAUGCUGUGCUAUAGUGUGCUUCUCAGCUGUAUGCGAUCUGAUAUCCCCGCACCGCCAGUCAUUGAAGAGCUGCGCAAUAAGUCUCUGGAAAUGGGCAAGCUCGACAGGACAAACAGAAACCUCAUCGACCACAUGUUUAGAACAACAACAGUGCGACAUCAGGUCAAGACGGGCAUUAUUACCGGUAGACAUGAUGUCAUCUCCGCGCUUGCCAACUGCGACGCUGAAUGGGCUCUCCUGGCCUCAGAUAUGCCGGACAUUUGGAGGUAUCGCAACAUCAAACUGGCCGCUGCCACGCCGACCGCCAUGCAUCGCCACUGUCACGUUUAUCCUGGUCUGAUCGCUGCCAUCACUUGGAACGGUAUCAGGUCUACGCGAAUGCUUCUACAGGAAGCCAUUAUCGAGCAGCUGUGCCACAAUGCCGAUGAUGAGUCAUGCUUGUCCAGCGCCGACCAGGAGCUGCUAAUUGGCGCGAUAAAGACGCACAACACCCUGACUGAUGCCAUAAUUGCUAGUGUACCGCAGUUCUUUGGUACUAUCCGGUGGGAAGAUUAUGCUUCGCGCGCCGGCGCAGACACGGAUUCUGCGAUCCUAGACAUGCAUCCUUCAAGCGCCCAAGGCUCCGAGACGGUCGUGACACCACAAGAGGAAGUGGCUGGCCGAAAUGGGCAGUCUGUCGUCGCUGUACUACCGUCUCUCUUUGAGCAAAAAGACAAGCCAAUAGGGGAGCCGUGGUACGACAUGGAGCGCAUCAUGACCCUGGCGGCCUCGUGCACCUCGAUUGUCUGGCCGCUGUACAACAUUGGCAUCUCGCCCAACUGCAGUCCCGAGAAGCGAUCAUAUGUUCUCAACCGGCUCGUGGCAAUUUAUGAGGAGACGGGACUCGAGAACGCCCUCGAAGUAGCGGAGACGGUCCGACAGAAGAUUCAAGAUUAUCCCACACAGAAAUGCGCCAAUGCAGCCACUGAUGUCUUGAGCGACGCAAUGCCUACUUCAUCGGAUAUAUGA